UCAGCGUGCAAACAUGCUGAUGCCUUCCAACGCAAGGACAGGGUAAAUAGAGCAAGAGGCAAUCCACCCCAACUCUUGUCAUUUUCGCUAAUGGAGAACAGGUCUGAUACAGCAGGUUAAAGACUUGAUGGACGCAGACUGGUUUUAAAGUAGGAUGGGGCUGUUGCUAAAGAUUCUUGUUCCAUUUGUGGGAUUGGUCUUGGCCUUCUGCUUUUAUUCAAAGGAAGAUUUUAAUCCAGAGAUGCUGAAAGGGAAGCGAGUGAUCGUCACUGGAGCAAGCACUGGAAUUGGAGAGCAAAUGGCUUAUCACCUGGCCCGGAUGGGAGCCCAUGUUCUGAUCACAGCACGGACAGAAGCCAAGCUUCAGAAAGUUGUCACACGGUGCCUAGAGCUGGGUGCAGCAUCUGCUCACUAUAUGAAUGGCAGCAUGGAAGACAUGGCACUUGCAGAAGACGUGGUCAAGGAGGCCAAAGGAUUGUGGGGAGGCCUAGACAUGCUGAUCCUUAAUCACAUCGGUUACACCUACUUUAACUAUUUCAAUGGAGACGUUGAGCAUAUACGAAAACUCCUGGAGAUUAACUUUCUCAGCUAUGUGGCCAUGACUGUCUCUGCACUGCCAAUGCUGAAGGAGAGUGGGGGCAGCAUCCUUGUGGUUUCAUCCACAGCAGGUAAAAUUGGAAUUCCAUUUGUUGCUCCCUACUCUGCAACUAAGUUUGCCCUGGAUGGAUUUUUCAGUUCCUUGAGACAGGAAUUAAUAAUCGAGAAUAUCAGUGUUUCCAUCACGCUCUGCAUCUUGGGCCGCAUUGCUACUGAAACUGCUGAGAAAACUGUUUCCCAUGUGAUGCAGAAGCCAGGUGCACCAAAGGAAGAGUGUGCACUGGAGAUUAUCAAGAGUGGAGCACUGCGGAAACGGGAACUCUACUAUCCAUACACCGCUGUGAGAAUCCCCCUCUUAAUACGAGACUGGGCUCCUGAAUUUUUGGAUUCACUCACAAGAAAUAGCUUAAAUGUGGAAAAUGUCAAAAGAAGUUAGCUUGUCUCAUGCAGCAGGGCCUAACUAGAAAACAAACCUAAUGGCACGAACUUCAGGUAAAUGGGGACAUUUUAUUUUCAGUCUAAAUAUUUAGGGUGCUAUUUGCAAAAGCAUCUAAGGGACUUAGUAGCAACAAAUCCGAUUGGCUUUCAAUGAGAUUUGUACAUCGAAGUCACUCAUGCUUUUGAAAAUCCCAUCCUUUUUUUUUAAUAUUUUCUCUCUGGAGAUGAGAAGAGGGAGCAACAUGAGGCCUCCGCAAAGCAGCAAAUUCUCCACCAUCUGUAGAACAGCAUUAGCAAUGGCUGGGUUCAUGUUUGCGGGGAUGGGGUGUGGGUGUCACCCACUUUGAACCAGGACAGCAACUCUCAGACCUCCCAAUGCUGCAAACAGCCCACACUGGUUUCAGUAGCAUACCUCCCAUUUGCUCUACUGCACAAAGUUGCUUAGUAAGAAAUCUGCUUUUUUAAUUGUCCUUGCAAAACCUAAGAGGAUCUCAUUCUCCUCUCACUGUGCUCUAACUGAGUCAGCAUCAGGUCCCCCAGCAUUCCUUCAUGCUAAACACUAAUUGUUGUUGUUAGUAAUAUUUAUCUGCAUUGCAAUAAUGUCUAGAAGCCCAAGAAGGGGUUGGGGCCUAUUUUUGCAUUGGACACACACAUCAUAAAAAAGACUUCCUGUCCCAACAAGCUUACAACCUUGCUAAUGUGAAUUACAGACUGUAUGUGUAUAAAGGCCAAUUGUGCAUUCCAUGAACACCCAGAACUCCCAUCAAGCCAGACUUCAAGUUCCCACCAACUUCAGCAGUACUCGGGGCAGAACCUUUAAAGUUUAGGGAUCAUAUCCUCCACCUCUGAAGUGCAGGUGCCUCUGUGGUUGAAAACAGAGGCAGAGGCAGGGGAAAUGUCCUAAACUCUGUGAAAUUAGAGGUGGAAAAUGUAUAGCAGCACCAAGAAUGUAUAGCCUAAAGAGGCUGCAACCUCAUUUUGAAGUUCUAAUUGAAAUAUACAUCAGGAAAGUGUAAUAAGAGCUAUAAAACUAUUCUCGCUGCUGGGCAAAGCACAGUGAAUUUAUGCUUGUUAAAAAUUAAGUGCAGUAGGAUAGAAACUCAUCAGGAGUCUCAUAAAUCAUCAAAAUUAAUAAUGUAUAAAGCAGAAUGGAGUAACAGAGGAUGUGAAUAAAUGAGACUUUGUGAAAUGUG